UCAAAAAUAGCAACGGUCCCAGGUUUGAACCCUGGCUAAUACCAGAACUUGUUGGAUAAGGCUGCGAGAUAUAUUGUCCAUAUUUAACAUAUUGGUUACGAUUUGAUAGGUAACCAGAAAAAAACUUAAGCAGAACAGGUCCACACCCAAUUGCGGCCAACUUUUGGAGAAGAAUGUCGUUGUCUACUCGAUCAAACGCUUUGUGAAAAUCCAAAUACACUACAUCCACCUGACACCGCUUAUCAAUUUCACGCGAUACCAUGUCAGCCAAAGACGAUAGAUUAGUAUUAACUGAUCUGCGUGGAAGAAAGGCGUUCUGGGAAGGAGUGAUGUGGGGAAUGAAUUUAGGCAACAUUAACGAGUGCGAGUCUGAUUUCACGGAUUUUGACGGAGAUACGCGAAUCAUAGGGGGUCAAGAUGCUAGAGAGGGUUUCGCGAUUUACCAAGUCUCCAUACGUAAGCAAUACAAGAAUAAAGAAUUCCACUGGUGUGGCGGCUCUAUCAUACACGAAGAAUGGGUUUUAACAGCUGGUUACUGCACAUAUGGUAUUGGUGCUAAAGAACUACCCAUAGUGGUUGGAUCAACCCAACUCAAAUCAGGUGGCGACCGUUACAAUAUAACGAAAAUUAUUAUUCACGAGGAAUACUCACAAGAACGUUUGAAAAAUAACAUAGCUCUAAUGAAAGUCGACGGUAAAAUCAAAAUGAAAAAUAACGUUAUGCCAAUCAAAUUGAGGAAAGAGCCGGUGGCUGCUAGAACAAUUUGUGCUCUGACAGGAUGGGGGUAUAUUGACAAUCAAGGAACUAUGCCGAACAAACUUCAAAUUCUGUUCUUCAAGAGUAUUAGCAACAAGAACUGCAACGAGCAGCUAAAACGUUCCAAUUUCGCACCAAUCGAUGACAAACAGCUCUGCGUGAGAGGUCCAGAUAAGAAGGGUGCUUGUUUAGGUGAUUCAGGAGGUCCUCUGGUCGCUUUUGAUUCAAAUUAUGGCGUUGUUCAAGUUGGAAUCGUGUCCUGGGGAACGUUUCCGUGCGCUCAAAACUACCCGGAGGUGUUUUCGUCAGUUUCUAGCUAUUAUGACUGGAUUGAGAAAAAUAUGAAGGAUUAAAUGGCUAAUUGCUAACCAACCUACAUAUAAAAGUCUAUCAGACCAGCUAUAGGAUAAGUUUUUUCAGAUAUAGUUAUUUUUUUCAUUAUUAUAUGUAUAGCAAUAUUAUAAUUUAAUAAAG